AUGGAGUCCCCUGGUGGACCUGUCAAAGACACGAAGCCGGAUUCGGCACAGGGGGAAGAGAAUAGCGACACUUUGAAAUACCAACUACUCGGGCCCUCUUUAACCAAAGCGGGUCAAGAUGCGGUUGAUCAGCAAAAGGUAUCUGAAAUUAUUUACGAAGCAUCUAAAGGCUCCAAAUUUUUCAACCAUGAGCAAGACCGCGAUCGGAAUUUAACCGUCAAAAUUGAGCGGAUUCUUAAAGAAAAAGCUCAUCUUGAAAAAUUGGAUCUCAGUCAGGACUUACGACGGGCAGAUGAAUACCUGGCCGAGUUAGAAUUGACUCGAGAUCUCUCUCAAUACGUCAUCCAUGUCGACUGCGAUGCAUUUUUCGCCGCCGUCGAGGAACUGGACCGGCCGGAGUUGAAAACGGUCCCCAUGGCCGUGGGCAAAGGUGUUCUAACCACUUGCAAUUACUUGGCUCGGAAAUUUGGAGUUCGCAGUGGAAUGGCGUCUUUUGUGGCUAAAAAGCUUUGUCCUCAACUGAUUCUUCUUCCAAUGAACUAUGACAAAUAUACGGCGAAAGCGAAGGAGAUCCGCGAGAUCAUGGCCCAGUACGAUCCGCUAUUUGAGAGCGCCAGCAUUGAUGAGGCUUAUUUAAACAUCACUGCCUACUGUGCUGAGAACGAGCUGGAUCCGGAGGAAACUGUCCAACAAAUGCGCGCUGAGAUCCUGCAGACUACCAAGGUGUCUGUAUCAGCCGGAAUUGCCGCAAAUGCGAAAAUCGCUAAGAUUGCAUCUAAUAAAAACAAGCCCAACGGCCAAUUCCGGGUUCCGAAUGAUCGGGCUGCUAUCAUGGAGUUCAUGCGAGAAUUGCCCACACGCAAGGUCAAUGGAGUAGGCCGGGUCUUUGAACGAGAAUUAGGCUCCAUCGGCAUUGAAACCUGCGGUGAUAUCUAUCAACACCGCGCACUCCUGACCAGGUUGUUUGGUGAAAAGGCGUUUCAAUUCCUUGCCCAGUGUUAUCUGGGUUUGGGCCGAACAAAGAUUGAGCCGGUUGAAACCCAUGAGCGAAAAAGCGUGGGAACUGAGACCACCUUCCACGAAAUUGGGGACAAGGGUGAGAUUCGCGCCAAACUAGACUGGGUUUCACGGGAACUGGAAGGGGACCUGGCGCGCACACAGUUCAAGGGUCGAACGCUGGUUCUCAAAGUGAAAUUACACACGUUUGAGGUAUUGACCCGUCAAACAGCUGUAUCUCGGGCCAUCUCGCAGGCCAAAGAUCUGUAUAAUUUUGCACUACCCAUGCUAGCCAAGUUAGAGAAAGAAAUUCCUGGAAUGAAGUUGCGAUUGCUUGGUCUACGUUGCACGAACUUGGUCAGCACCAAGAGAGCUGGCAUCAACUUCUUUGGUGCCGCAGCUGUGCAGGCCAGACCUAUCUCAGCAGAGAGACUCGACAUGAAAGCUGCUGAUCAUGAAAUCACGGCCGAGGAGGCCUUUGAGGGUGCCGCUCGACAAGAAAUCCAGGAUGAAAUGAACGAUUUGGAGCAACUCAGUCAAGAAGCAGCUAUUCUCCCUGAUGCUACUGUGCCAACUGAACCUCCGCCAGCUCAGUGGGACUGCCCAAUAUGCGGCCGAGCUCAAACAGCCGAUGAUCGGGUCUUUAAUGAUCAUGUGGACUUCUGUCUCUCCCGACAAACCAUUCGUGAAGCCAUUCAGGAUUCUUCCGAAACCCCGGAAGAAACGACUGUCCAUUCAAAUCGAAAGCGGAAACCAACAUCCCAGGCAUCUUCCUCUGAUGUCGACCCUCGGCAGAGACGUCUGUUCUUUCAUUGA